UUCGUGCUUUUCUGACGUGGCGGGAGGCAAGCAGGCCGCCGUCAACGGGUUUGAACGACGCGGUUCUUCACUUUCUCAACAACAGAGGAUUCGGCGGCGGUCUCUGCAGCUCUUUAGAGUUGUCAGUGUCGGCCUCAAAGCUUCUUGACAGGGACGUACUCUCAAAGAGUGAUCCAAUGGCAGUUUUAUAUGUUAAGAACCGAAGGGGAAUAGAAGAAGAAAUUGGAAGAACUGAAGUAAUAAUGAACUCCUUAAAUCCUGUUUGGGUCACGAAAUUCAAUGUCAUCUAUCAAUUUGAGACAGUCCAGAACCUGGUGUUUCGGAUAUAUGAUAUCGACAGUAAAUACCACAAUACUCCAGUUAAGAUGCUGAAUUUGAACGAGCAAGAUUUUCUUGGGGAGGCUUCUUGUGCUCUAUCAGAGAUAAUAACCAGGCAAAACCAAACCAUAACCCUUGGUCUUCAAUCAAAACUCAGUUCUUCAAGGUUGCAGUUAGGAACCAUAACUAUCCGUGCAGAAGAAACAGUUGCUUCAAAGAAAGUUGUGAAGAUGACCUUCCGCUGCUCUCAAUUGAAAAAUGCAGACAUAUUUUCCAAAAGUGAUCCAUUCUUAAGAAUCUCAAGAAUUGUGGAAACUGGUGGCUGUGUUCCUAUAUGCAAAACAGAAGUGAUCAAUGACAAUCUGAACCCAGUUUGGAAGCCUGUAACACUUACUACACAACAGUAUGGAAGCAAGGAUACGCCGCUUCUUAUAGAGUGUUUUGAUUUUGAUAACAAUGGCAAUCACACAUUUUUAGGAAAAUUUCAGGGAAGUGUCAUGGGCUUUCAAAAACUUAAUCAAGAAAGAACCGGUGGAAAUCUUUAUGUUGAAUCUUCUUUUAAUCACCAACUUAAAAAGACAUUGAAGGCUCAAUUCUUUGUGGAUAACUUUUGUGAAGAAAUCCAGUAUAGUUUUUUGGAUUACAUCUCUAGUGGAUUUGAGCUCAACUUUAUGGUUGCUGUAGAUUUUACAGCUUCAAAUGGGAAUCCUCAGUCGCCUCAGUCAUUGCAUUAUAUUGAUCCACGGGGAUGUUUGAAUUCCUACCAACAGGCUAUAUCUGGGGUUGGAGAGGUUAUACAAUUCUACGAUUCUGACAAACUCUUCCCAGCAUGGGGAUUUGGAGGAAAGCUAAAUGAUGGGUCUGUGUCUCAUUGUUUUAACUUGAAUGGAAGUCUUGAUAGAUGUGAGGUUGUAGGAGUAGAAGGCAUAAUGGCUGCUUAUUCAACGGCCCUGCAUACUGUUUCUCUUCAUGGACCGACUUUGUUUGGGCCAGUAAUCAACCGAGCUGCAAAUAUUGCAAGUGAAUCUUUAAAUCACAAUCAAAAUAAGUACUUCAUCUUGCUUAUAAUUACGGAUGGGGUAAUUAAUGAUUUUCGGGAAACUAAAGAUGCUUUGGUAAGAGCAUCUAGUUUGCCUUUAUCAAUCCUUAUAGUUGGAGUAGGAGGAGCAGAUUUUAAAGAAAUGCAGAUUUUGGAUGCCGAUAAUGGCCAACGACUAGAGAGCUCCUCUGGACAGAUAGCUGUGCGUGAUAUUGUACAAUUUGUACCUAUGCGAGAAUUAUGGGGAGAAAUAUCAAUUACUCAAGCACUUCUUGAAGAGUUACCUGCACAAUUUCUAUCCUACAUGAAGCUCAGAAACAUCAAGCCAUUAUUCGCGCAGCACGGACUAACUCCAUACUAGCUUUCUGCGUACAGAACAACUCCAAUCUUAGGCACUUGACAACAUCAACGACAACAACAAAGCCUUCAUUCAAAAUUUCUGGGGUUGGCUAUGUGAAUCCCCUCCAUUCAGUUUCGUCCAAGUCUGUAUCUUCAAUCUUCUCCACUGAAUCGAUCAUUAUCAUAUCCUUCUUCAACAACUUCUAACCAAGUUCAACCAUCUCCAUUCUCAAGAACUUUCUUAUAGAAUUAUCAAUAUCAUUUAAGCUUUUGUACAUAGCAGAGUAGAAUGAUGCCUUCUUUUCUUUUCUUUUUUCAUGUAAAGCAGUGGUUUUUCCCUUCGGACAAAAAGGAAGCUCUCAUGGUUUCUGAAGUGGGAUUAUAUUUCCAUUAUAAAUUUUCUUCAGUCCAUUCUCAGAA